UAAUGACUUUAUGGGAGAAGGAACUAAACGCUGGGACUGCUGUUUUAAAGGUGAACACAAAUAAUGUCGUGUGAAACUGCAGUGUUUGUAGUAUAAUGUAAUGAUGUGUUCCAUUUUUGCCCUGUUAAAAAUGAGUACCAACUUGUUUGGGCUUCCAACUUAUUGAUUGUGUUUUCAACAAGAUGAUGUUAAAAAUUGUUAAAUUCGUCGAGCAAAUAAUUAAUUAAGGACAGUGUGUGUUAUACACAUGCAUUUUUGGAUUGACAAACGUAGUCAAGGAUGUGGGUUCUCUGGGUACGGCCGUAGUCAGAGAUUUAUGUGUGGCGGCUUUUAUCCUAAACCGAUGGUAACUCCAGUACAUCGAUUCCAGUCUAUUGAGAGUGUGGCCAAUAGUGGUUUGAGAUAUGCGAGGUCUUCGGGGUACCAUUCCAGAGCGCCUCUUCACUGCCAGCCGUCUGUCCAUUAUAAUGGGGCUGCCACCAGCGUCCGCAAUAACAGCCAGAUGGGGAGGUCUUUGGAAAUAAUAACAACGGGCCAAAUCCACACCCCCACCCCUCGCAGACACGGCACUCCGACGGCAAAAUUCAAAUGUGGCGUCUGGGUUUUUUUCGCAAUAGUAACAUUUUUUCUAGCUGGUGCCAAAUAUUACUUUCACGGGGUCAACAUUGGAAUGGAAGCGUUCGCUUUCUGUUCCCUUUUGGUAAUAAUUUUGAUAAUCGGAGGUUUAGUCUCGCUGUACGAGGCAAUCACAGCAACUGCAAACGCUCCACAAGAGGAAAACGUGGCCGUAGCCCCCGUUACUGACCAGGAGGAUACCCACAACCAAGUGCCAAGCUCGCUCAUGCCGCCCGCUGCUGCUGAAUUGCCGCCACCCCCGUACCAUAUUGCCAUCAUGUUGCCUUCGCAAAAUGAUACCGAAUCCGUGCAGAUUAUCCGGGAUUCCCCGCCGCCUUCGUACGAGAAAGCGGUCACAUAAUGUUGCCAAGGCAAGGUUUAUUCACGUUUUGUUCGAUUUUCUCAGAUUCCGAUAGCAGUACAUCCAUAAAAAAACUCAACGGUUAUACUGCUAUGCCCUUUAUUGUUACCUACUGUAAUAAACCACUGAAUAUUUCAAAAGUUCUCAUUUGUAUGACCAGGCAGGGUGAAUUUGCUUAAAAUACGUUGUCUAGACAGACCUUAACAAUGUUCAAGAAAUGUGAUUUGGCUGUCUUUUAUCAGUCAAUUUUGUACAUACUUUAUGAUGAAAGCUGUGAAUUAUUUAAAUAAUUUUAUUAAGCAUUCCAUGUGUUUUACUUUAUCCAGAAAUAUCAAAAAUGUGCCUGUAUUAUUUAAUAUAUACACUAAGUAAAAUUUUCAUAAGUUACUCUCGUGUGUAGUUUUUGAUAUAUUUGUAAUUACUUUUUUUUAAGACAAUCAAAAGGUAAAGUGUGUAUUUCUUUCUUCCACCAUGUAUACAUGUCUGUAAAAUAUACUAUAUUUAUGACUUUUUACUAUAUUACCUAUCUUGUAAGCUGUUGUACAAUUUACAAUUGUAUAUUUAGUAUUUGAUGAGGUGCAGAAUAUUUUGGAACGAAAAUAUACUGCAAAUAUUGAAUACAGAAAUUUUCAUCUUUAUCUAUUUCUGCAUACAUAUUAUAUACAUGUGAAAAACAAUAUUCAAUGUAAUAAAUUGUUUAAAC